UCACCGCUUGUUGGUUUUCGCGGGAGAAUUCAUUUCCGAUGACAUCAUCGGCGCGCGGCCUGUGAUUGGUCAGUUUUGGAGGUGUGUACCUGACGUUUCCGAUCUAAUUUGCGUUGCCAAUGAGGUAGGUAGAUUUGGAGACGGGGAGGUCUGUACGUGUACUGGCACAGAAAUCGUCAUUUUCGCACGGAUUCCUCCCGAGUUCGGAUCAGAAUGGUGAUUGUCUGUGUCUGAGAACACCUUCCAGACGACAGGACAUCGUUAGUUCGGAUCCCGAGGGCGAGACGCCGAAGAAAUCUGGCCGUUAUCUGCGCGCGGGCUCGCUGUGUGGAAAUUCACUGGCGGCUGGUGGACUGACCCUUGACCUGCCAAGUCUCUUCCGCUGUCCUGUUACCCGGAGAAACCCUGAACUUGCUCGGACGAUUUCCCCCGACUUUACACGCCAGAUUUGUCACCAAACACUGCCUACCCACGAUCACAUCGAUUCUGACCGGUUCACGGACUCGCUCGACGCCGCAUUAGUUGGUUAGCUGGGGACGAGCAGUUGGCAGGGGGAAUCGCGGGCACCGUGUCCAUUUUGCCGUUAGUGGUUUACGCUGCCCGUACAUGGCCGGAUCGGAGACGGAGGCUGACCCCAUCUUUCUUAGUAAGGAUUGCUUGCGGACCUUUUCCGACCUGUCGUCGCGUGACCACCUGACCCGUGGUUUGGCUAUGGACAGUGUGGCGUCCAUGUACGAGAAUUGGAUCAAGCGACACCACCAGCCACCGGCCGAAUCCACCCCCUCCCCUCCGGACCACGUUCACGAAAAUGGCGAGAUUUCUCAAUACUCGCGCCACCUGACUCAGCACCUAUCCUCGCUCAUAAGACUCGCCACUCAGUGUCCGUUCCACGAUGUCCGCGACCGAGCAAACGAGAUUCUGGAAUGCGUCAAGGAGCGGGGUGUGCAGAUACCCAGGCCAGUCAGCCAUGGACCAAGUUCCUUCAUCCCAGAACAUGAGAUUGUACCACCAGAAACAGAUGAUGAACAGACCAGACAGCUGUUUGUGGACGCGUUCCUGCAGAACAAUCGGCUGGAGAACAUCACCAGUGUCAUGGGCUUCCACCCGCAGUACCUGGAGAGCUUCCUGCGGCUGCAGCACUACCUGCUGCGGAUGGACGGGCCACUGCCACAGGACUACAGGCACUACAUAGGAGUCAUGGCGGCAGCGAGGCACCAGUGCAGCUACCUGGUAGACCUGCAGGAAAGCGAGUUUCUCAUGCAGGACGGCGAUCCUGAUUGGCUGAAGGGCUUGGACUACAUCCCACAGAAGCUAAGAAACUUGUGCGAAUUGAACAAAAUCCUGGCACACAGACCGUGGCUCAUUACCAAACAACACAUAGAGCAAUUACUGCGAGGAAACGACAGCUGGUCGUUGUCGGAGCUGGUCCACGCCAUCGUGCUGCUCGCUCACUUCCACUCGCUCGCCAGCUUCGUCUUCGGCACCGGCAUCAACCUGGAGAUCGACCACGAGUGCGGGCACACGUUACAGCCCGCCUCGCUGUCGGAGGGCGCCAACGACGUAGAGGCACACCACUCCAACAGUGUCGCUUCGAGUUUAGAGAGCAGUGAGCCGGGGGUGGAGAUGUUGAUGCAUCGGAUGAAGAAGAUCCAGGAAGCAGCAGACCUGCAGGAGAUCAGCCAGGAGGAGAUGAAACAGAGAUUCGAAAAAGUCGAGAAGCAGAGUCUGGAGUUGUUACCAGGCCAAAGUGCCUGUUCAGAGUGCCUCGCAGUGUCGGACUAUGCCAAGUACAGGGACGACCCCCACUUCCACUACGAGGACUUCGCCAAAAGAGGGGAGGAGCGAACGAUCCCCACCUUCAGAGCACAGAUGGAAGCCCCUCCAGGCUGGCUUAGGGACUACUCGUGGGAGGAUCAAGGCUUCUCAUUGGUCAACCGCCUGUACUCGGACAUUGGGCAGCUGCUAGACGACAAGUUCAGGAUGGCGUACAAUCUCACGUACUACACAAUGGGUCCACAGAAAGACGUGGACACGUCGAUGCUUCGUGCCGCCAUCUGGAACUACAUCCACUGCAUGUUUGGGAUCUUCCACGACGACUACGAUUACGGGGAGGUCAACCAGCUCCUGGACAUCAGGCUCAAGUCUUUCAUCAAGACGGUCACCUGCUACCCCGAGAGGACCACACGCAAGGACUACGACAACUUCUGGAAGGAAUUCAAACAUUCAGAAAAGGUGCAGGUAAACCUGAUGGUCCUGGAGGCGCGCAUGCAGGCAGAACUUCUCUAUGCCCUCCGUGCCAUCAUGAGGUACAUGAUGUAGCGCCCGACCCACCGUCCAGCCUUCAUCGUGGAAACAAACCAAAAAAACAAGCAAACAAAAACAUUGACGUCGGUGUCUCUGUUGUGUUGUUUGUCUCCAGGUGCAUGUGUGCAUCAUGGUCCUGGAGGCCCGUAUGCAAGCCGAACUUCUGUACGCCCUACGCGCCAUCAUGAAGUAUAUGACGUAAGCUGGGGGACCCUGCCUGGUUCGCACGUACAGCAACCAGCAGCCCUGUAUUAUUCUGACUACCUGACAAUGUUCUUGCAUGUGUGCCAAGCAAGCUGAGAUCCCUGCACUGAUUCAUGUCUGCUUAUAGACACAGGCUUUGUAUAGAGACUACAAAAUCCAACAUUUCAGAUUGGAUGUGCUCCUAUUAGUCCUAAACAAGACUACAAGGAUGAAGCAAGGAGGUAGAGGAAGGAACAAGACUAGAAUGGCUGAAAUUUGUACCUGGUAUUCCAUAAUAUAUUAACCCCUCAUACACUGAUAGUUCAGUCCACGACAGUUUGCACACCCAUACGUUAUGGAGUGUACCAUUACCAGUUGGGGGUGAGGGUUGGGUUUGGCACACAGUAAGGAACAUUGUUCCAAGGGUCUUGGUCACCAAAGCUUCUAGUGGCAAUAAUUAAGUUUGUUCAAUGGAUGAUGCAGAGUCUCCUUGAUUAUGGCAUGGGGGGUGCAUACGUCACUUGGCCUGACAGCUGUCAAUCAUUCUUGAAGGAUUGAUAAGUACGAACCGUCCAUCCUUGUGCUUCUUACUUAUAUAUAGUUCACAAUGUUUGAUGCAUACCUCAUUUUGUUACAGGUAAUUAGCAAGGAGGUUUAGCCAAUCAAACCUCCUUAUUUUAGUAAUGAAUGAAAAUCUGAUUGUGUCAAAUAUCCCUCUUUGUAAAUACCGGGGUGCCAAGCCUGGCCAGUCAUGUUGUACAUAUCAUUGAGAUUUUCAAAAUAAUCAAAGAAUUUCACACACAUUUGCUGCCUUCUUGUUAAAGAGGCUGUGAUUGACAGCUGUCAUGUUUGGGCCGGUUUUGCACCUGCAUUGUAAAGUCUGGGCUGUUUUGCACCCUUGCAUAGUCUAGGGCUGUUAUGCACCCAUGUACAUACAGGGCCAUAUGCACCCAUGUAUAUCUUGGGGCAUCUACCACCCUUGCAUAUCCUAUACUCUACACAUCUAGUAAAAAAAAAUAAUAAAAACUUUGGCAUUUCUUCCAGCAAACACAGGAGCAGUGGAAAAUAAUAAAAAAAUAGUUGUAUAUCUGUUGUAUUUUGUAUUCAACAGCAAAAAAAGAAGGAUUCCAAAAUGUUCAAGACUUGACGAAAAGGUGUUGUGUGUUUCAUGUAUCCAGAAACAGAUAUUGCAUGCAGGGUAAGAAAAAAAGAAAAAGCUUGCUGUUUAACUAUAAGAAAAUGAACCUUCCGCUCCUGUUGUUUGUAAGGGGAGAAAUGGCCCACGUCACUGACAUUCUCCAGCUUUGGUGCCAAGCCAUUGUGCUAGUGUGAAUCACUGGUUACAUCAGUAUUGUAAGGUUCUGUCAUGUUUUAGUUCAAGUUCUUCUUCGCCGAGCAGCUAUGACUUUUGUAUGGAACAGACUGUGAAAAUGACAGAUAGGCGAUGCAGAAAGUUUGCAGAAUUCAACUACAGACAUUUAAUUAUGCAAGGACACAGUUGGACAUAUUGCACCCAAAGGUUCAAUAUUGUCUGUUGUUUAAGAUGAGAAAUUGUAAUUGGAUAAAUUAGACUCACUAAAUGAAAAAUAAUAAUGUAUACAAUGUGUACUAAAGCCAGGUUGAGUAUUAAGAAUGUUGUAAAUUUGAAUUUUGCCCUGUGUAUAAGGGACAUGUUAUAUACUCAUUUCCAGAUGCUGGAAUACUUGUAAAGGUUUUCUAUUUUAGCGCUCUCUAGAUUUUGAUUGGCCUGUAAAUGACCUUUGGCAUCUGACCUUUGACAUAAAAGGUUCAGGAGGUUAUACUGUUGCCAUGGUUGUGGAAGUUGUUGCCAAAGAUUGACUUGUGUUGAGUUUAUAAAGAAAGUUGGAGGUUAAAGUUCACUGGGUAUGUAGGUCAGAUGUUAAAGGUCACUUCUAUUUACCUACCACUUCUCUGUGCCAUCCCAGAAUCCCUGUCUGCGCUAUCCCAUGCUGCAUUUAUAAGAAAUAUAUCUAUGAAAUAAAGGCAAACCCAA